CCCGCCCUGGGGAGCCAUUGCUGGGCCUGUUGGGUCGCGCUGCGCGGCUGUCUCCCAUACUUUGGUCGAGAAGAGCCGGGCGGCUGGCCUGAUAAGGCUGCCCCCGACCGAGCCCGCGUCUCCCUACUGCCAGAGCGCGCGGUCCCCAAACAGUGCUCUAGCCGGCGGCCCCAAACCAGCAGGAGAAGUGGACAUGAGGUUGGCAGGCCCCCUCCGCAUUGUGGCCCUGGUUGUCAUCGUGGGCCUCACCUGGAUCAUAGUCAGCAUCCUCCUGGGUGGGCCUGGCAGUGGCUUUCCUCGCAUCCAGCAACUCUUCACCAGCCCAGAGAACUCAGCGACUGUAGAGCCACGGGCCAGGAAGUACAAGUGCGGCCUGCCCCAGCCAUGUCCUGAGGAGCACCUGGCCUUUCGCAUGGUCAGCGGGGCUGCCAAUGUCAUCGGACCCAAGAUCUGCCUCGAGGACAAGAUGCUCAUGAGCAGUGUCAAGGACAACGUGGGACGUGGACUGAACAUCGCCCUAGUGAACGGGGUCAGCGGUGAGCUUAUCGAGGCCCGAGCCUUCGACAUGUGGGCAGGAGAUGUCAACGAUCUGCUGAAGUUUAUUCGGCCACUGCAUGAAGGCACGCUGGUGUUCGUGGCGUCCUAUGAUGACCCAGCCACCAAGAUGAAUGAAGAGACCAGGAAGCUUUUCAGCGAUCUGGGCAGCAAGAAUGUCAAGGAUCUCGCCUUCCGGGACAGCUGGGUGUUUGUGGGGGCCAAGGGCGUGCAGAACAAGAGCCCCUUUGAGCAGCACGUGAAGAACAGUAAGCACACCAAUAAGUAUGAAGGCUGGCCUGAGGCGCUGGAGAUGGAAGGCUGCAUCCCGAGGAGGACCAUGGCCAGCUAGCCCACCGAGCGUGAGCUCCAGGCUGAGGGAGGCUGCGUGUGCCCAGCCCGGGUGGAGGCGGUGGCGGCGGCGGCGGCGGCAGUGGCGGCGGCGGCAGCAGUGCAGGGCUGAGGCCCGACCCCAUACCCGGCCAGGAACAUUCUCUUGCCCCAACACAUUGGGGCUCCAAGGCAGUGACUGAUGACCAAAGCAUGACCAGUGGUCGGGGCUGAAGGGGCCGGCCGCGUCACACUUUGUCAGGGGAGCCCAGGUACUCAUCUCCUUUUCCUAGGCUGCUUCCCCUGGCUAGCCCCCACCCGAUUCCCAACCACCCCCAGCCGCAAGGACCCUGGGUGCUCACCCCCUCAUCGCACAAGUCUGGUAGCAGCUGCCUGGUGGAUUGGGGCAUCUUCCAGAACCUCUCCGUCCCAACACCACUCGCUGCCCUGUGGGCUAACCUGUUUCCAGUGUGACUCCUUCUGGUGAGCCACACCUGGUGGCCAGUUCGGGGGACUGGCUGCCUCCUGCCUCGCUCUCUGCGGGAAGGGGCCGCCUUGGAGCCAGACCAGCUGGGACAGCAAGACAGCGAGCCUGAUGACAGUCCCUAGCGCAGUGGGUUCCGGCUCCUGCAGUUUAUCAGAGGGCCCGCCUUCUAGAUGACCUCUUAAUAAAUUGGUGGCCCUCGA